UUCAAAACCUAACCUUCACUCACUCUGUAAACGCUCUUCUCUAGCUAGAUCUGCAAACCCUAACCCUUAUCGGCCUUCACAUAUUCCCCAAAUUACCUCAUUUAAUUCACAAUAGAUCAAUCACAAUAGGUGUGUUCUCAGAAAAAAGAAAGAAAAGUAUCAAUCCUUUUUCUUUUUUCGAUUUUUUAGUGAUAGAUAGGGUUAAAUGAAUUUAGCUUUUGCUGUCUCUAAUUUUACAGUCCCAUCAUCCUUCUCUUUGUGACAUUGUGUUGCUGUGCUCUGAUUGCUGCAACUGGAAGCAACGGUUGUCAUACAAAUAUUGGCUUUAGCUUCGAUUGCAAUAAACCACUGCCCCACCAACAAAAGUUUGAAAGUCCUGCUUCUCUCUCUUGAAGCUCACCCUCCUCUCUACCUCUAUCUACAUUCACACGCUCCUCAGUGAGAUGGCUUCUAAGAACCAGAACAAGCCUCCUUCUAGUCCUUCACAUAGUAAGUACAGUGUAGAUGACGUUUCAGUAGACAAGAGACGACGGAUAGGAAACACAAAAAUGCCACCCAACUCUGGGACAAGAGUGCAAACUCGACAAGCAUUUUCAGUAGUUAAUGGGGGCCAAGAUCCACCUCCGACCAGCGGGCCACCUAGCAAUUCUGGUUCCGACUCUGGAGUAACUGAGUUCACCAGAGAGGAUGUAGAAGCCUUACUCAUUGAGAAGUUGAGAAUUAAGAACAAAUUUAACUACAAGGAGAAGAGCGAACAAAUGGCCGAGUACAUAAAAAGGCUUAAGCAAUGUAUUAAGUGGUUCCAACAGUGUGAAGGAAAUUAUGUUACAGAACAGGAGAAACUAAAAAAUUUGUUGGAAUUAGCAGAAAAGAAGUGCAACGAUAUGGAGUUGCUGAUGAAGGCAAAAGAAGAUGAGUUGAACUCAAUCAUUAUGGAGUUGAGAAACAAUUUGGAGGCACUGCAAGAAAAAUUUUCCAAGGAGGAACUAGAUAAGUUGAUACAAUCACUUAAUGAUAUGUACAAGAGGUUACAUGAGUACAACACAAGCUUACAACAGUACAAUAGUAAACUUCAGUCAGAAAUUCAUGCAAUAAAGGAGACUCUAAAGCAUGUUGAGCAAGAGAAGUCAGCUAUUGUAGAAAACCUAAGCACCUUAAGGGGCCACAGUACUUCUCUGCAAGAGCAGCUUGCUUCCUCGAGAGCAUCGCAAGAUGAAGCUCUGAAACAAAAGGAGGCUCUAGGCAGUGAAGUUACAUGCUUGAGAGGCGAGUUGCAACAAGUAAGAGAUGAUCGUGAUCGGCAAUUGGUACAAGUUCAGGCUCUAUCAGCUGAAGUAGUAAAAUACAAAGAAUGUACUGGAAAAUCCAUUGCUGAGUUAGAUAGCCUGACUACAAAAACAAAUGAGCUGGAGUCAACAUGCUUGUCCCAGAGUGAGCAAAUAAGACGAUUACAUGAACAGCUGGCUUUUGCAGAAAAGAAAUUGAAGCUGUCUGAUAUGUCAGCAAUGGAGACGAGAUCUGAAUUUGAGGAACAAAAGACUAUUAUUAGCCAGCUACAAAACCGUCUGGCUGAUGCUGAAUCAAAAAUUGUGGAAGGAGAGCAACUCCGCAAGAAAUUGCAUAACACUAUCCUGGAGUUGAAGGGGAAUAUACGCGUCUUCUGUAGAGUGAGGCCCCUUUUGUCUGAUGAUGGAGUUGGAGCUGACACAAAAGUCGUCUCCUUCCCCACAUCAAUGGAAGCACAGGGUCGAGGCAUUGAUUUGACGCAAAAUGGCCAAAAGCUUUCCUUCACUUUCGACAAAGUGUUUGUGCCUGAUGCCUCCCAGGAAGAUGUUUUUGUGGAGAUAUCACAGCUUGUGCAGAGUGCCCUUGAUGGUUAUAAGGUUUGCAUCUUCGCUUACGGACAAACUGGCUCUGGUAAGACAUAUACGAUGAUGGGCAAGCCAGCACCAAUUGAUCAGAAAGGUCUAAUUCCACGAUCACUGGAACAAGUUUUUGAGACAAGGCAAAUUCUUCAGGCCCAAGGAUGGAAGUAUGGAAUGCAGGUCUCAAUGCUCGAGAUAUAUAAUGAAACAAUCCGUGAUCUGCUAGCACCAAACAGAUCAGGCUUUGAUGCAUCAAGAGCUGAAAAUGCUGGAAAGCAGUAUUCUAUCAAACAUGAUGCAAAUGGCAACACUCAUGUUUCUGAUCUUACAAUUGUGGAUGUUCACAGUAGCAAGGAGGUCUCCUAUCUCUUAGACCGGGCAGCACAGAGCAGGUCCGUAGGCAAGACUCAAAUGAAUGAACAGUCCUCGAGAAGUCAUUUUGUCUUCACACUUCGAAUAACGGGUUUUAAUGAGAGCACUGAUCAACAAGUACAAGGCGUUCUCAAUCUGAUUGACCUUGCUGGUAGUGAGCGUCUGUCUAAGAGUGGGUCUACAGGGGAUCGACUGAAAGAAACUCAGGCCAUCAAUAAGAGUUUAUCUUCAUUAAGUGACGUCAUAUUUGCCUUAGCAAAAAAGGAAGAGCAUGUGCCUUAUAGGAACUCCAAGCUGACCUAUCUUCUCCAGCCUUGCUUGGGUGGAGAUUCAAAGACUUUGAUGUUUGUGAAUGUGUCCCCAGACCCUUCUUCUGUCGGUGAAUCACUUUGUUCACUGAGGUUUGCAGCCAGGGUGAAUGCUUGUGAGAUAGGUGUUCCAAGGCGCCAAACUAACCUAAGAUCUUUAGAUUCUCGUUUGAGCAUUGGCUGAUUCUUUUUGAUGGAAUGGUUAUUCUAGAUUCAGUAAAGUGUGUUGGUUACUGAAUGACAUUUUAUUUGUAACUGAUAACAUAAGGCACUUCUAACUGAGUUUUGUAAUUUGUAUAGUGGAAAAGCAUACUGGCUUUGUAUCAGUUUGUACCACAGCACAGGGCUCCAUCCCUUUUCUUGGCAGAAUGUAUUAAUUGUGAAGAUGUGUAUUGAUGAUUAUUACAAACUAAAUUUAGUUAA